UUUCUCUAUCCCCUGGCUUAUGGAAACAACCGCUCUAUUUUUUGUUUCUAUGAUUUUGACUAAUUUUGAACCUAAUGUAAGAGAAAUCGUACAGCAUUUGUCUUUGUGUGAUGGGCUGAUUUCAAUUAGUGUAAUGUUUUCAAGGUUCAUCUAUAUUGCAGCAUGUGACAGGGCUUCUUUCUUUUUUAAGGCUGAUAAUUUUAUAGUAUUCGGUUGCAUGGAUAGACCACAUUUAUUUAUUCAUUUAUUUAUUUAGUUAGUUAUUUAUUGAGACAAUCUCACUCUGUUGCCCAGGCUGGGGUGCGGUGGCAUGAUCAUGGCUCACUGCAGUCUGAAUCUCACAUUCUCAAGCGAUCCUGCCGCCUCAGCCUCCUGAGUAGCUGUGACUACAGGCACAUGACACCAUGCCUGGAUAUUCAUCUUUCUGUGUAACUGGUUGAGAAACAGGGGAGUAACAGUGAAGAAACGGUCUUAGAAUAAAUCUGGUGACAGCAGAAGAGAAUAUGAGACAGAUUGUGCUCACAGAGCCUUGAAGAGUGUGACAGUAUUUGAGGGCCACGCUGUUGUCUUAGAGUGAAGUGAGGAGAACCUGCACUGGUUUGGUAGUCAUGGGAAUGGAAGGAGGAAAGAAAUGUGAAAGCUCAUCGGUGGCAGAGUCAAAAUGGCUUGGUCUUUGUAGUCAACGAUUAAGUGAGAAGGAGGAAUUACUGGCUGACUUAGAAGAAGUAAAAAAUGUGAAAUACCGAUAAAACACAAAUCUCGUGAUUUUAGUCAGCGUAAAGACUAAGCAUUGUGUGAUUCUAGAUAUAUUAUUAAGCAGUUUUGUUCCAGUAUUUUAUAUCCCAUAUCUUGUAGCUAUGACCCUAUUUCUUUGUUUCUUGACAUAGACAAACAUUUUUUAAACUAAGAGCUUUAUUGUGAUACAGUUUUUGUAUGAUAAGCCUCACCCUUCAAGUGUACAGUUCAGUGGUUUUUAGUAUAUUCAGAGUUAUGCAGCCAUUACCACUCCCUAAUUUCAGAACAUUUUCAUCUCCCCAAAAAGAACCCCGUACCCACUAGCAGUCACUCCCUGUACCUCUCUCCCCCACCAUUGAUCCUGGCAACCUCUGAUCUAACUUCUAUCUCUGUAGAUUUGCCUAUCCUGGGCAUUUCAUAUAAAUAGAAUCAUACAAAAGUGGCAUUUUGUGACUGAUUUUUCUUUACAGUGAUUAUAAAUCAAAUGCCUGAAGACGCUAAGCUUAGGAUAGUGUUUGCUGUACAACUUUGAUAACUGAACUUUUGUAAAGCUGAAAAUGUGACUGUGUGUGUAUAUGUGGCAUAUUAUCCUUAGAUGAUCCUUACUUUGAUUAUUAAGAAUUUUUUCCCCUAGUAAUCUUCAACUGUCUCAAUAUUCAGCAGGAACCCCUUGGAGACAAAGAUCAGUACGAAUUUGGAACACCUAUUGACAAAAUGAAUGUAAUUUAAUUUAGUACAGUAGUAAAGUCAACCACUUUUAGGUGUUGAUGCUGCUGAAAGUGUAUAUUAAGGAAAAGUUUACUUACCUUACUUUUUGUGGAGGUGCUAGAACUACUUCUGUCUUGUGUUUAGAUUUCAACAAACCUUUGCAUGGGCAUUAUGUGGUUGCACAAAUGUACUUCGUUUUGACCUGAAAAUGCAAAAACUUCCUUUCUUCCCACUUUCUGAGACUCUGCAACCUUAAAGGAAGAGUGGGGUUCUUUAAAGGAAAGGUGGUGGUGGUUGGGUCAUGGGUAACAAUGUCUACUGUGUACUUCCUUUCCCAAAACAAGUCCCUGUCUACCGUCAGCAUUUCCAAAAUUUGAAGAUCAAGUGUGGUGUUAACUCAUGAACUAAUGACUAGACUUUGAGCGGUUGUGGAAGCAAAAUCUCAGUGAGUGCCUGGAUGUUCUAAUUCUGUUAAGUCAGUGAGUGCAUAUUCUGUACAAUACUCUCUUAGCCCAGUGGCAGGUUUAAGGAGUGAGAGAGAGAGUUCUAUGUUUCGGAAAUCAAAUACACAAAGAAUAAAAAUUUUUAAUCCCAUGAAUCUUUGCCCGAGUUUAAUUUUUUGGAGAGUUUUUCUUUUAGAUUUUCUUUCCCUUCCAUUAAACUUUUACUUAGAAAGGUCCCAGGGUUUGGGCAAAGCAAGUGGGAAAGACACUUGCUUGGAUUCUCCAGGAUAAGGGAUUGAAGGGACUUCUUUCCCUCAUUUUAUUAUUGAAUAAUGUCACAAUAACAAUUAUUAAGGUGAAUAGUCUACAGUGGAAGUUUUUAGAUGCCUUGUCUGCAAAAUAAUUUGGUUUAGUCAACCUAAGGAUGCCUUUGGUUAGCUGGAAUGGGAGAUGUGCAGGUUAGAGUGGUCUUGGCAAGUCUUCCAGGGGGAAAUACAGCAUUUGGAAGGGUAGGAAGCAGAAGGAAUCUCAGGCAAGGGAAAGGCGUGGGCAGAGCCCCAGAGGACAGAACAGGUUUUGGUGGACUUGGUGUCCACAUAGACCUAAUUAGUGGUCUUAGCUUUUGUGUUUUCAAAAUUACCACAGUUUGUGUUCUAAAACUGUCAUUCUCUUGAUUUUAUUUUAGACAUACUAUCUGUGUAUUUUGAAAUUUAAAAUAACAGUAAAGGAGAAAUGAAUUUAUUUUGUUUGAGAAAGAGUUAAAAGGUUAAAACAUCUUGAUCUUAAUAAUUUUCUAAUGGGAGAUUUGGUACACCCCCAGAAGUUGUCUUUGGUUCAGAGAAUAGUCUUCAGAUCUAGAAAGGACUUGAGAAGUCCCAGAGAGGUGCUGCAUGGUCAGAACCAUUUGAUUCUCACGACAGAAUGGAUAAAAACAAUUUGAACCAGGAAACCAUGCAGAUGUUCAUAUUUUGGAUAGGGUAAGGUCAAUGCCGUCGUCAGAGGAAAAGCUCUCGGCCAUCACAGGAUGGGAGAGAAAGUUUGAGUUGUGAAGAAUACUCAAAUGCCGUUUAAGGAAACGGGUUCUUCUGCACCUAUUCUUUGGAAUAUUUAGGGCUAAGUUCUUAGUUUUUGACAUCAUAAAAAUGUCAAAGUAUUCUGUUCUAAGAGCCAUUUCAAACAACUGACUAGAAUUUCAGAGCAAUUACGUGAGAGUAAUACCAUUAAAAUGUUUAAAUUACCCAUAGUCCUAUAUCCCUAACAAGUAUGUUCACGCUUGCAUGUUCUCUUCUCAUCUUUACUGUGUGCAUACUUUCUUAGUAAUGGCACGUAGACAUUGUUUAAGCAGGAAUAAUUCUCGAGAUAGUUUUGUAUGUUUUCUUUUUUCUUUUUAAGGUAGGUAUUGGGUGGAGGAGCAUUAUAUUUGCAACUUCUUGCAAAACACGUGAUUAUUUUCUUAUAAUAUUCAAUUUUCACCCUCAGUAGAGUGUUUUGAUUAUGUAUGUUAGAUAGAAAGUAGAAGGUUCUCUUAGAGAAAUUUUAGUGUUUUUUUUUUCAUAGCUCCUACUUUCAAGAAUGAAAAAGGUAAACCAGUAAAAUGACACUGUACUUGGUGCUGAAUCUAUGCUGGGAUAGGCAUUAAGAGUGACCUUUAUUUAAGGUUCUAAUUUGCUCAUGUUGGGCACUUAGAACAUCAGUUUGUUGCUUUUUGUGAGAUUCUGGAAAUGGUCCAAUUUUACUUUUUCCCCUUGACUCCAGACUUUUUAACACUGAUCUGCUGCUGUUGAGGCAUAUGCCGUUUUGUUAGGCCUCCUCAAGUGGGAAUCAGGAAUGCUGCUGUGUUCCAGAGAUGUUUUGUUCUUCCUGUAGGGCUGAAGCAGUGCCUACUCAAUAGAACCAGUCAUCGUGCAAAGAAAUGCCGCCUGACUCAAAGGCAAAGCCAGAGUGCAGCUUGGAGCAAAGAAGUCAGGUUUUCCUUGUUCCUGCGUGUUCAGCCAUUUGUUUUUAAGUUUGUGUUGAAGGAGAAACUAACAAUGAAAAUGGACUUGUCGAUGGAAGAAAAGUAGGAAUGCAGCCUCUGGUGCUGUUUGAGUGAUCCCUCUGCCCCAGGCCUGGCUGCACACUGCUGUGUUCUGGAAAGGCGCAUUGUGCCCUCGCUGUGGCAGUUAAAAGAAUGUUGGCAGAAAAACAGCCCUAGAGUUCCAGCAGGAGCGAACAGGAACAGGAAAACAAAUGGCAGUAUCCCUGAGACAGCCACUUCUGGUGGUUGCCAGCCACCUGGGGAUGUGGGACUGGGUGCCCCUCUGCCAGCUGAGACAGCCCACACACCCCAGCCCUAAGGAUCAUUCUCUCUACCUUUCCCCCCACUCCUGCUCCACCUCCUCCUCUCUGCAUGCACCUCAGAGCCCGUGCCAAGAACGAGCAGUAGUCCUGGAUUCAACGUCCGUAAAAAUCAGUCGACUGAAGAACACCAUCAAAUCUUUGAAACAACAGAAGAAACAAGUGGAACAUCAGCUGGAAGAAGAAAAGAAAGCAAACAACGAGAGACAGAAAGCUGAAAGGGAGCUAGAGGUUCAAAUCCAGACAUUGAUCAUACAGAAAGAGGAACUAAAUACGGACCUGUACCACAUGGAACGUUCUCUCAGAUACUUUGAAGAAGAGUCCAAGGACCUGGCUGUCCGCCUGCAAUAUUCAUUGCAGUGUAAAGGAGAGUUAGAGAGGGCUCUCUCUGCUGUCAUCGCCACAGAGAAGAAGAAGGCAAACCAGUUGUCCAGCCGCAGCAAAGCACGUACGGAGUGGUGGUUAGAGCAGUCCUUACGGGACCAGAGACUGCUGAAAGCGCAGCUGACACUGUUGAAGAAGUCAUUUGAAAAAGUCCAAUUACAAAAAGAUGAGUAUGCUGCAAGUAUAAAAGGAGAGAGGGCCCUGUGGCAGCAGAGGAUGAGAAAAAUGUCGCAGGAGGUUUACACACUGAAGACAGAGAAGGAGCAUUAUACGCAUCGGGUAGAGGAGCUGGAGAGGAGCUUGUCCAAACUCAAAAACCAGAUGGCUGAACCCUUGCCCCCGGAGCCCCCAGCAGUGCCCUCUGAGGUGGAGCUGCAGCACCUCAGGAAGGAACUAGAGAGAGUGGCAGGAGAGCUCCAGGCCCAGGUCAAAAACAAUCAGCACAUAAGUCUCCUGAACCGGCGACAAGAAGAGAGGAUUCGGGAGCAGGAAGACAGGCUUCGGAAGCAGGAGGAGAGGCUUCAGGAGCAGCACGAGAAGCUUCAGCAGCUGGCCAAGCCACAGAGCGUCUUCGAGGAGCCGAACAAUGAGAACAAGAGCGCACUGCAGUUGGAGCAGCAAGUAAAGGAGCUACAGGAGAAGCUUGGUGAGGAGCGCCUGGAAGCGGCCAGCCAGCAGAACCAGCAGCUAACAGCCCAGCCUAGCCUCAUGGCUCUCCCUGGGGAAGGACACGGAGGAGAACAUCUGGCCAGUGAGGGGGAGGAGGCACCUCAGCCCAUGCCGAGUGUCCCAGAGGACCUGGAGAACAGGGAGGCCAUGAGCAGCUUUAUGGACCACCUGGAGGAGAAGGCAGACCUGAGUGAGCUGGUCAAGAAAAAAGAACUUCACUUCAUCCACCACUGGCGAGAGAGAUGCCAUCAGAAAAUCCAUCACGUUUUAUCAGAACCAGGGGGCCGUGCCAAAGAUGCGGCACUGGGAGGAGGACACCAUCAGGCUGGAGCUCAGGGAGGAGAUGAAGGUGAAGCUGCUGGAGCUGCAGCAGAUGGUAUUGCGGCUUACAGCAACUACAACAAUGGGCACAGAAAAUUCCUGGCCGCUGCCCAGAACCCUGCUGAUGAGCCCGGUCCAGGAGCCCCAGCUCCCCAGGAGCUUGGGGCUGCAGACAAGCAUGGUGAUCUUUGUGAGGUGAGCCUCACCUCCUCUGCCCAAGGAGAGGCCAGGGAGGAUCCUCUCCUUGACAAGCCUACUGCACAGCCCAUCGUGCAGGACCACCAGGAGCACCCAGGCUUGGGCAGCAACUGCUGUGUGCCAUUCUUUCGCUGGGCUUGGCUGCCAAGAAGAAGGAGAUAAACAUCACCAUCAUCAAAGAGCUGCUCAAGAAAUUUUUAAAUAAGAAACCAAGUUAUGGGGUUAAUCUCCUACACAAUUCAUUUACUUCCUUUGAAUGUUAGAGUCACUCAUGAUUAUUUGUGUUUCUAAUUUAUAGUUUAAGUUUAUUUGUAAGAAGUUAAAAGAGAGUGGGUCUCUGUGGCUCUCACUGAUGUUCACUCUGGCAUCCUUUAGCAUUUUUCUUUUUUAAUUUCAUAAUUGUAGGUCAUUAGCAUGCAUAUCGAGUUCGCCCUUACGUGGUGGGAGUUCAAACACACGAAGACCCACUCUUUGCCCAAAACUGUUCUCGUUGGUUUGGAAUAGGCUCCCGUGCUUUUUUAAUGUUAUUGCAGCAUGUAUAUUCACUACAGAAUGCAGACAAAAUUUGCCUAUGUUCUGCUGUUGUUUGAUCUAAUCUUAAUCACAGUGAGCUCUUCGUUAGCUCAAUAUGUAGUUUGCCCCCAAGUGUGCACUGUUUAUUACUUUGUAAUAUGCCACUAUGAGUACUGACAUUUAGAGUUGUUUAAAGGCCAAGAACUGGAAACAGCCUUUCCUCCAUUUUCUGUGUAUUGGUGAUGGGAGUGAAACCUUUUGGGGGAGCUUUGUAAAUCUCACAGAAGAGGAAAGUGGCCUCCUCUGGCAGGUAUGUCCAGGAUAGAGUGUGUUUCAUCUGUUCCGGUGCCAGGAAUUAGCGGUGUAUUAUGGUGGUGCCCUUAGGAUUUGUAUGUGCUCUGGGCUCAUGAAGAUACUGCAUCAUGAGCUGCAGCAGUUGCAUUCUUUUUCGAUGACCUAAAAAGGGCUUAUUUCUGAGGAAUGAAAGGUUCCCAUCGUUGACUGUGGAUGUGGAAAACCUUUCCUAGCUUAGAGCAUUUGUAUCUACAAUACAUUUUAAAGUCAAGAGUUCGUGUUACCUGUUUUAAUCACAUGACUACAUGCCCGAGUACACAAAAGGGCACUGGUUGGCAUUCUUCUUAAUGUAUUUAGUGAAGAUCAUAAGAAAUCCUUUACGAGUUCAAAUGUCCCUGGAACAGGCAUACAGGCUCUAGUCAAGAAUGAAUUAGAGUGAAGGAAAGCUGUGUGCCACCUGGCAUUCCUCUCUGUUCAUGGAGAUUCUUUGAGGCUUGAAGAUUGAUUUUACCAUCUAGACCUCUUUGGCUAAUACCUAUUCUUCAACCACCUUGGUUAUUCUGACAUAGGAAUUUACUUCUUUUCCUUUGAAUGGAAAACACUUUAAAAAAUAAUAGAAACAUGAUUAUAAACUAAUAUAUGUGAGAUACUUAGUUGAAACAAAAAGGAGUUUUAGUAGAUGGUAUUAUACUAUCUUUGAAAAUCAAGGAGAAGUUUAUGAAACUUAAAAUGUGUACAAACUGCAGUGCAAUCUACUGUUCGUGAAUGUCAAUGUAUUAUCAGGAAACGUGUCUAUACAAUCACAGAGUUAUAUUUUCUCACAGACUUCUUUACAAAGUGAAAUAUGUUUUUGUACCUCUGGGUUUCUGUUAGGGACAUAUUUUGUGCAAUAUUUAUGUGAUUGUGCCUAUGCAUGAUGAAUGAAUGCACUUUAGUUAUAUAUUGCCUAAAUCGUAACUUGAUGAUGCUUGGGAAAGACUCAACAGUUAAAACUUCAUGAAGUUCUAAUGUCUGUGUUCCAAAACACAUCACAUUGUUAGGAUGCAGGGAGAUAGGUAUGUGUGCUCCCUGCGGUGGGGAUUUCUAGUUACUAGAUCAUCUCCAUUUUUAGCAUUUGGCAUCCUCAUGAUACUUCUAUAAAUAUGACAUUAACAGGAGAGCAACAAUACGAUUUUACCGAUGGAAUAACAGAUUUGCUGGCAUUCACUGAAAGAGUGCAAAUAUUCGGUCCUUGUGACUUCAACUGACUCUUCCAAAUUUUAUGAAUGUAUCAGUGUAUUAGAUAAACCCAGUUUCAGAAUGAUAAAGAAAAAAUGUUAGACCAAAUAAUGCGGCUAAUUAACAGUGGUCCGAUUUCUAGCCCGUGGGUUUAAAAUGCACUUAAAGUCCUGUUCUCGCCUUUUAUUUUCUGAACUUGCCGCUUUUGCAUUCUUUGAGUUCAGUUUAAAGACAGUUACUUUAAGAGCAUUUUAAACCCUCGGGCUAGAAAUCGGACCACUGUUAAUCAGCCACAUUAUUUGGUCUAACGUUUUUUCUUUUAUCAUUCUGAAACUGGGUUCAUCUAAUACAUUGAUAAAUUAUUUCAAAGGUACUUUUAUCGUUGAAAUCACUUCACUUUUACCGUGAUAAAUAUCAGUGACUAGGAAUGACCUUCGGAUAGCAUUUAGCAUCUGUAACCAAUCUGACAAUAAUGUGUUCAUGAGGUGCCUAUGGAUUAAAUCACACACUGGCAUAUUUAAGCUGAAGGUCAGUCUGGAAAAUGAAUUUACUAUAUUGACUGAAAUACCACUCUUUGUGUAGGCAUUUGUCAUAUAUUUAAGAAAAAGCUAAAAAGAAUGGAAAUUGUACGACAAUAACUGAAGUCUUUCUCCAAAGUGCAUGCAGUCUUUUGCGAUACCUCAUUCAGCUGAGCAUUUGUGCUCUUCCUCAUUCAGUAUAAGGCAGCUUUCAGUUUGCUUAGAAGGCAACAUUGGAAUGUUAGAGUUCAUCAGAAACAUAGAAUUUUAAACUGUGAGUUCCACUGAAUACAUUUUAAUUUCUGUAGGAAGAAUCAAAACACCUAUUUAAAGAUGGCAAUAUAUAAUAAUCAUUUUAAAAUUAUUUGAUUCAACCUGAUAAUUUUCCAGAAAUGAAAAAAAAAAAUCAGCUCUAAAACCAAAGCUGAUUUUAGAAAAUUUGAAAAUGUAAAUCAGCCCUAUCCAUAAUAUAGUUUCUCUAAAACUUUAUCUUAAAGAGUCAUUUUAAAAUAAUAUAACUAUUAAAAAAUGUAACUGCUAUCAAUGUUCUGAAAUAAUUUAAAACAUUUUAAAAUAUGAAUACUGUAGUAUAAAAGAAAGAAAUGGUGGGAACGAAAAGCAGAGAAAGAAAUGCCAAUUCCAGUCCAAAGUUUUAUUUGCCAAGUUUUCUUAGAAUGAAUUUUACCAGUUUAUGAAUUAUUGUAAACAGAAUGUGUCAUGGAAAUACUGAAAGAUUUUUCCCUAGAGUGGCCUUAUUGACUGCUGGUGUGAUGCCACUGUAAUGUAAUAAAUUAUUAAGUUGUUUCAA